AUGUUGCGACCAUGGAGUCUGAGCACGACAUAGUCCCGUUCAAUCUCAGCACGAAGGACCAUGUGCAAAGAAUUGGCCAUGUAAGCGGAUAACACCCUUUCUUACUUACCAAGCGAUACGCGAUACCUGGAUCACAAAUACACCGUGCGAUCAAAAUCUUGUGUCAGAGUCUUUACAAGACUCGUACCCAUAUUGCUUACCAUGAUAUGCCUGGAGUGGCUCCCGUUAUCCGAUCUCGCUUUUCAGAUUAGUUGUCCCAAGCCCUGGAGCGACUUCAAGAUCCAGCGGACCGAAUAUCUUGCAUUUGGCACUGAGCAGCACAACUGAUUCACGUUGUGAGAGCCAUGGGGUUCGUUCGAUUCUUCCGGUCUUUGAGGACCACAAGCACAGCCAAAGACAUCACUGUCGAAUUCACCGUCCAAGAGAUUGAGAAUCCUUCGUCAAAAUCGUCAUCGUCGUCUUCCUCGCUGCCGAACAUUUCGACACAGCAGCGUGCCCUCCUGCUCCAUGCCCCCAAGCAGCCUUACGCAGAAGUGUUAGAUCACCCCAUCCCGUCACUUUUGGAUAACCGAGAACUUCUGGUCUGGAAUAGAGUGAUUGGCCUCAACCCCAUUGAUUGGAAAGCACCGGACUUUAAUUUCGGCAUUCCACAACUCCCUUACAUAUCAGGUCGUGAGCUUGUGGGAGAGGUCGCCAUAAGUCCAAGGCAGGAGUCGCGGUUCAAGCCCGGAGACUUGGUUAUUGUCAUCUCCACGGACUACAGGGACCUUCGCAAAGCCGCUUACCAGCAAUGCGUGGUCGCCACCGACUUCAACACUUGCCGGCUGCCACCUAACAUCGCCCCUGAAUCGGGAGCGUCGCUAGGCGUGGCCUUUGUCGCCGCAGCUCUCUGUCUCGGUAUUUGUGUCGGGCUCGACUUCUCGAAAGUGGCAAAUGGACCAGACCUUCUUUCUAUAGUGAGAGGAUUGGAUCCUCAGCGACUUCCGGAGGACAUCCGAUCGGAAUGCUUGAAUGGGAUCAACCAGGCUGAGAAAGCUAGACCUGGUGACUGGCUCGCAAUCUGGGGUGGUUCUUCCACCAGUGCGUUUAUGCUGAACCAGAUUGCCAGACUCAUGGGACUACGGACAAUCAGCAUUAUGGACUGCCGCAAACAUGCCCUGAGUGUGUCCUCUGAUUCGAGAACCAAACCCGACAUCGUGGUUGACAACCACAACCCUGAGAGAGCCAUCGAGAUAACGAGAUCCGUGACGAACAACAGCCUCCGGUUUGCCGUGGACACGGUCGGGCGGGACACAGCCAAGCACCUGAUGCAGUGCCUGCAACAGCAUUCCGAAUUCAUGGACGACGACUCGGCAACAACACUGAAAACCGAUGCAGCGCGCCUGGCCGCACAUCUGGUAGGUCUGACCGGGCUACCCAAGGGGUCGCCACCGACCAACAUCACCUUCCACACCGUGCCCAUCAAGGUAUUCCACGAGAUCCCGGAACUGGGCGAGGUAUUGAUGCUCUGGCUCGAGCGACUCCUGGCACAAGGUCUUUUGGUCCCUCCUACAAUCUUGGGGGUGAGAGAAGGGUUCGGCGAGAUCAAUGAUGCUUUGGAUUCCAUGCGGAGGGGGGAAAUCAGUGGCGGCAGACUGGUGGUCAGGGUCAAGUGAAAAAUCUCUGGAGAAAACAACUGUUCGUAUAGGAUCCCCCCCAAAAUAUAUAGAGCUAGAUGAAUCGAGUGACUGC